CAUGGGCUUUCUAAAUGCAGUUGCAAUCGCGCCAUAAUGAGUUUUAUAAUGAAACCAUUGCUGAGAAGAUACCGGAAAACAAUUCAAUACAUGAUCAGUUUCAUGAUCAUAUUUUUCUUUAUUUCAAGUUUUCAAAAACUAAUGAGAGCAAAUCAAACACUGAAGACAUCAGAUGUUAAAAUCGUAACCGCUGCAAAUGAUGACUAUUUUUUUGGACUCAUGGAAUUUGUUGCCUCUGUUCAUUUCUGGGACCCACAUACAUCUAUAAUCGUGUACGAUCUUGGAUUACGACCUCAACAAAAGAAAAAAGCUGAGAGUUGGUGCAAUGUUCAAGUUAAUCCUUUGCCUGAAAGCACACCAGAUCACAUAAGAAAUGAGGACAGAAAACGAUAUACUUGGAAACCAUUAAUCCUACAAGAUGCUGUCACGAAAUACGGGGCAAUAUUUUACAGUGACGCUGGAUCGGUAAUACGAGGCCCCUUGGAACCCAUAAGGAAACUGCUGAUUGAUGAUGGUCAUUUUUUCGUACAAGGCCAGGAUAUGGACAUGACAAAACUACUGCAUGAAGGAAUGUGCAGAUAUUUCAAAGUGAAUAAGAAAAUGCUAAAAGGAAAGUACAGCUUUGCAGGAAACACACAGGGGUAUGUACGUGGAGGCCUUGCCGAGAAACACAUAUUACACCCUCUUGUUAAAUGUGCCAUUUCCCCAGAAUGCAUCACUCCACGGGGAUCCUCUCUCCAAAACCAUAGAUACGACCAAUCAGCGCUGUCAAUAAUCAUCUACACGUCAUCAAUUGCUGUUCAGCCUCAUACUGAAUUCCUGGCUGCUUCAUGGAAUCAGUUGAACCCAAAUCCAUUUUUACCGAGUUCCAAAAUUGUAUGGACAUCCCGUCAAGGCAGUCACAGCUACAGAGAUCAUAUUUGCAUCAGUUAAAUCAAUGACAACUUUUAACACCGGCGACCCAAUAUUAUCGCAUGGGCGUUUAUUUGAAAACUCUCAAGAAAAAAAACAUUUUGUUCGCAUAAUUUUAGGACAGCUUUUCCUUGAUCAUGCAGCUCCAUUAUUCAAAGAGCUCAUUGACUGAAUAUGAUUUAAAUAAAUUGAAUACAGCAAUAUUUUUGUAUCAAGUAAAAGAGGGCUCCAUGCAUGAUCAAAGUUAUACGAACAAAACGUUUUUGGAUCAUGCGUAUCUUAUUUAGGUUGGAUUUGUAGUUGUUACCCCAAACAAUCCAACACACUUUGUCUAGCUAUGUGUGGAUAAACGUAGUUGUUACCCCAAACAAUCGGACACACCCUGUCUAACUAUGUGGGGAUAUCAUAGUAAACGUUAACUGAUGUCGUUUGAAUAUUACUUGCGUCUACAUUGCUGCUUUCAGGCUAUUAAGGCAUAUUUUUAUAUCAAAGUAACAUUUUAUAUGUGAUUUGAAGAAUGCAAUCCUACUUUCUUUACUUUAUUGCUAUAUUUACUGUUAUUGAAAAUUGUAUGUCGGAUGUACGUUUGGCCCUAAAAGGGCAUCAGUACUAAUAAAAUCCUAUUAAGCCUACAUAUAUUGAUGUUCAAUAGACUAGAUGCGAGUAGAAAUAAUCUUGAUAUACGUAAUUAUGUAUUCAAAAUUCAGUCGAAGUGAUGUUAUAUUUGAAAUCUACAUAUAAAAUUACGUCUAGAAAUAUGGUUUGAAAAUUGUUUAUCAACUUUGAAAAUUUAAUCUUUUUUUCGAAAAUGUGACUUCUAGUUCGGGUUGAUUCUCCAGAAACCCCAUGUUACAAAUCACAAAAAGUGAAAUAUCUUCUUUUGUAUUGGAUAAUAACAUUUUCUUUUGCUGGACAUAUUUUAAUUUGCAUAACUAUUAGAUACAUAUAG